AGGAAAAGAUAUGUGAACAGCUAUUCAUAAAUCCAACAAAAACCUCUAAGAAUACAAACAAGAAGAAAAUCAGCCUUUUCCAUACAGUAGUUGGUUGGAAGCGAAGAGGGAGUUGAGCCAUCAUCCUUCUACCAAACCUUCAUAAUUCCUAAAAAUGCCUAUUCCUUUUGUCGCACAUGUGGUCCAAUUUAAUUAUGAUCAUGUUAUUUUGCAUUGGAAGAGCUAUGUAAAGUUUUUAGUUACUUUGGCGGCAAUAGGCGGGUUUAAAUUCUGGAGUAUGGGUCGUUCUACAACCUGGGAAAGAAAGAUGAAUGGAAUGGUGGUGAUUGUUACAGGAGGAACUUCUGGAAUAGGAAAGCGAGUCGUAGAGAAGCUUGCUUUGCUGGGAGCUCACGUUGUGAUUUUGGUUCGCUCAGAGCCUGAUCAAUUUACGGUAGAUUACAUUAUGGAUCUCCGAAAUCGUUCGAACAAUCAGUUUGUUUAUUCUGAAGUAUGCGACUUGAGCUCCAUGCUUUCUGUCAGAAAAUUCGCUACGCAAUGGAUUGACUGUUCUCCUAUCCGAAGACUAGACAUGAUUGUCUUAUGUGGAGGCUUGUCUCUGCCUCCGUACAUUGAUCGCCAGGUUACUACAGAAGGUGUCGAACUACAGUGGGCGACUAACUUUUUGGGCCCGUACCAACUUAUGCGACUCUUGCGUCCUGUCAUAUAUGGCCAACCUGGCCACAGGGAAGUACGCAUUGUUGCUGCAACAUGUUCAUCCUACGUUUUAGGGGACAUAAACUUUGAUGAUCUUGCUUUAGAUAAUCAUCCGUAUCCUCGAUCGAGUCCCUGGAAGGUUGUGGGAAAUGCCAAACUUGCCUUUAUGACCUGCCUUUAUGACUUCCAAAAGAAGGCGCAAAACCACGAACGACCUGACAAGAUGCCUUGCAACAUUCACACCGUAGUGGUGAAUCCAGGUAUAGUCCGUACACCCGGAUUUCGUCGAUUCAUUUCUUUUGGUCGCAUUUGGGGAUUAUUCCUGUACUUGCUUCUUUGGCCUUUUUGGUGGCUGCUCUUAAAGGGUACUUUGAAGGGCGCGCAGUCCUUUUUUCAUGCGAUCUGUAGUCCGGAAUUCGGUGCUACCACUGAGUACUUACUUGUUAAUGAAUGUACAAUGAUACCACCUUCCCGAAAGGAAAUCGCCGAUCCAGAAUACGCAGAAAAGUUGAUUAAGGCUGCUGAUGCCCAAAUUGAUCUAGUCGAAAAGCAAUACAAGAAAAAAGGAGCUUCAAAAACAAACAAAAAGUAAACCGUUGAUUGCUGCUGUGUGGUUGGCGACUUUAAAUGUUGUAAACUUUUUGCUUUUUAUAUUAAUUAUAGAAUCCAGAGUCUGUUAUUUGUAUAAGCAAGCAAAGCUACACAAAGCCGCUACGUCCCAGAAGCACAAAAAAUCAUGAUACCAUGUAGUAUUUUGCUGCAUAGCAAGGGUUAGGACAAUGUUUAUGUGUAAUUAUUGAAAAUACAAAAACACUUAUAUACAUAAAAAUGAAAGGAGGAGAGAGACGAUUUAUGGAAUCUAUCUAAUUCUCUGAUAAAUACGGCAAAACACCUACAAAUGUUUCCAACUACACGAUUUUUCUAUAUGUAUAGUAUAUAUAACGAUUAUAAUUAAAUUCAAUGACAUUGAUAUCAAUAAACCCCAA